AUGGCCCCGUGUCUUACGGCUUCCCGACACACGCUCACGGGGUCUACCCCUUCUCGCGUCUGCCAGCUGACUGGCGGUACAUGUUUCGUACGUUACUCUCCUGGACGGCUGCCGGAAGCUCUUGCAAAGUUGUCCACGAACAUCCACCUUCCUGCACGACCAUCCACCUUCCUGCACGACCAUCCACCUUCCUGCACGACCAUCUCCUUCCUGCACGACCAUCCACCUUCCUGCACGACCAUCCACCUUCCUGCACGACCAUCUCCUUCCUGCACGACCAUCCACCUUCCUGCACGACCAUCCACCUUCCUGCACGACCAUCCACCUUCCUGCACGACCAUCUCCUUCCUGCACGACCAUCUCCUUCCUGCACGACCAUCCAUAUUCAGCCCGAACAUCCGCCUUAAGCACGACCAUUCAUCUUCAGCACGAAUAUCCACCUUCAGCACGACCAUCCACCUUCAGCACGACCAUCCACCUUCAGCACGACCAUCCACCUUCAGCACGACCAUCCACCUUCAGCACGACCAUCCACCUUCAGCACGAAUAUCCACCAUCAGCACGACCAUUCAUCUUCAGCACGACCAUCCACCUUCAGCACGAAUAUCCACCAUCAGCACGACCAUCCACCUUCAGCACGACCAUCCACCAUCAGCACGACCAUCCACCUUCAGCACGACCAUCCACCUUCAGCACGACCAUCCACCUUCAGCACGACCAUCCACCUUCAGCACGACCAUCCACCUUCAGCACGACCAUCCACCUUCAGCACGACCAUCCACCUUCAGCACGACCAUCCACCUUCAGCACGAAUAUCCACCAUCAGCACGACCAUCCACCUUCAGCACGACCAUCCACCAUCAGCACGACCAUCCACCAUCAGCACGACCAUCCACCAUCAGCACGACCAUCCACCUUCAGCACGACCAUCCACCUUCAGCACGACCAUCCACCAUCAGCACGACCAUCCACCUUCAGCACGACCAUCCACCUUCAGCACGACCAUCCACCUUCAGCACGACCAUCCACCUUCAGCACGACCAUCCACCUUCAGCACGAAUAUCCACCUUCAGCACGACCAUCCACCUUCAGCACGACCAUCCACCUUCAGCACGACCAUCCACCUUCAGCACGAAUAUCCACCUUCAGCACGACCAUCCACCAUCAGCACGACCAUCCACCAUCAGCACGACCAUCCACCUUCAGCACGACCAUCCACCUUCAGCACGACCAUCCACCAUCAGCACGACCAUCCACCAUCAGCACGACCAUCCACCUUCAGCACGACCAUCCACCUUCAGCACGACCAUCCACCUUCAGCACGACCAUCCACCUUCAGCACGACCAUCCACCUUCAGCACGACCAUCCACCUUCAGCACGACCAUCCACCUUCAGCACGACCAUCCACCUUCAGCACGACCAUCCACCAUCAGCACGACCAUCCACCAUCAGCACGACCAUCCACCAUCAGCACGACCAUCCACCUUCAGCACGACCAUCCACCUUCAGCACGACCAUCCACCUUCAGCACGACCAUCCACCUUCAGCACGACCAUCCACUUUCGCCACGUAAUCUAGCUCUGAUAGAACUAUCAGGUCAUAUAUCCAAAUUUUAA